GGUGAAUUUGGGCAGUCAGAAAAGAUUGGCUGCCAGUGUGCUUGGCUGCGGCAAAAGAAAAGUUUGGCUUGACCCGAAUGAGGUAACUGAAAUUUCAAACGCAAACUCCCGUCAAAACAUUCGCAAACUCAUAAAAGAUGGUUUAAUCAUAAAAAAACCACAAACUAUCCAUUCUCGCUUCCGUGUCAGAGAAAAAUUAAAGGCAAAGCGUAAAGGUCGUCAUACUGGUCCUGGUAAAAGGAAAGGUACUUCUGAGGCCCGUAUGCCUACUGCAGUAUUGUGGAUGAGAAGGCAACGUGUACUAAGAAGGUUAUUGAGAAAAUAUCGCGAAUCUCGUAAAAUCGAUAAGCAUUUAUAUCAUCGAUUGUACAUGAAAGCUAAAGGUAAUGUUUUCAAAAACAAGCGUGUUUUGAUGGAAUAUAUUCAUAAAGCUAAGGCUGAAAGAGCUCGUACUAAAUUGCUCUCCGACCAAGCUGAAGCUCAUCGCCAAAAGGCCAAGGCUGCUCGUGAACGUCGUGCUAAUCGCCAAGCUCAAAAGAGGAUUGAAUUGCUUGGUUUAGACGCUGAAGAGGAGCAACCGCCAAAGAAACAAGAUCA